AUGUGUUCUCUCCCAGUGCAGUGCCUGGAGAUGACCACCAAACGGAAGCUCAUUGGCCGCCUGGUGCCAUGCCGCUGCUUCCGCGGCGAGGAAGAGAUCAUCUCAGUAUUGGAUUACUCCCACUGCAGCCUGCAACAGGUGCCCAAGGAGGUCUUCAACUUCGAACGCACGCUAGAGGAGCUCUAUCUAGAUGCCAAUCAGAUUGAAGAGCUGCCCAAGCAAUUAUUCAACUGUCAAGCUCUGCGGAAAUUAAGCAUUCCUGACAAUGACCUCUCAAGUCUGCCGACCUCUAUUGCCAGCCUAGUUAAUCUGAAAGAACUCGACAUCAGUAAAAACG